GAUGUCCCUACUCAUGUGAUAAUGCUGACCUUUCUUUUAAUGGCUAUCGACCGUUACAAACAUCUGAAACAUCCAAAUAAAAUGAGACUUCCGCCUUUAGCUUGCACAUUUGGAUGUUGGAUAGUGGCAUUUUGCAUUGUAUUGCCAUAUCCCGUUUACACUGCUUAUUUGGAUUUGGGUGCAUACAUAAAAGUACAAUUUGAAGGAGUUGGAAUUUGUGCAGUGAAUAUGGCCGAUGAUAUGCAAGACUAUCUCCGGAGUUUAUUCGUUCUGACAUACUUGAUUCCGUUAGUGUCUAUGGGCUAUCUUUACUCCAAAAUGUCAGAUAUUCUGCGUGAUUUGAUGAAUGUUCCCGCUGUAUUUUACUCUCAAGAGAUCACACCAAGUAGCAGUGGAAUGCCAUCACGUUUGAAUGAAGUACAAUCUCCGGUUAGCGAUUCUGAUGAUGAGGAAAUCGAUGGAUACAAGGAGUCGAAGACGCAAAAAUAUUUAAUAUCAAUGGUAAUUUCGUAUGCUGUGUGUUUGUGUCCACUGAUGAUUUUAAGAUUGGCGAAACUCGAAGUGUCUGAAACUUACGAGAACAGCAGACACUUUGAUUUGACGUUCAUGAUAUGCGUUUGGCUAGCGUUUGUGCCGACAGUCACCACUCCGCUGCUAUUUGUCGCAUGGAAUUCGGACAGUAGUACCAAGGAACGGAUCAGGAGUUAUUUCAAAAGGACAAAAGUCACUGCGGAACAAGCGACAAGGACCGUGUCGACGGAGGGUCUAGCGGCACGCAAUUCGAUUUACACGGUGCAGGAGAGUAUACCGGCUUAAACCUUUUCGACGCACGGAGUUGGUUUAUACAUUAAUUUAUUACGGAAAUAUAACAAACAAUAAAAUUAGUAUUAAUGAAAUAAUAAUAAUAAUAAUAAUA